AUGCCGUCAGAAAUGAGUCCUCCGGAAUACCUACAAGACGAAGAAAGCCUAACCGCAGAAAUCCGAAACACCAUCUCAAGGCUCCCGAAAGAAAAGGGUUGGUUGGCGGCACACCUGUACCGGUACGAGGGCUUCUGGUACCCCGCCCGCUACCUCCAGGGGGUCGUGGCCUGCCAGACCCAUUUCCGGCCCCUCCCCACCGACAUCCUCCUCGUCACCACCCCAAAAUCGGGCACCACCUGGCUGAAGGCCCUCGUCUUCACCCUCGCCAACCGUGCCAAUCACCCUCCCUCCUCCUCCUCCAACCACCCUCUCUCCUCCGCCAGCCCCCACCAACUCGUCCCCUUCCUUGAGAUCAGCCUCUUCGUCAACGGCCAAGCCCCCGACCCCUCCUCCUUCCCCUCCCACCCGCGCCGCAUCCUAGCCACCCACCUGCCCCUCUCUUCCCUGCCCUAUUGCUCAAAUGGCGGGAAGGUGGUCUACCUCUGCCGGGAUCCCAAGGACGUUUUUGUCUCCCUCUGGCACUUCACGAAUGCCCUCAAGCCCAAGGGGUCCACCCCCACCCCCGUCCGGGACGUGCUCCACAUGUUCUGCCGCGGGGUCAGCCUCUUCGGGCCCUUCUGGGACCACGUGCUCGCCUACUGGUACAAGAGCCGUGACACCCCCGACACCUUCCUCUUCCUCAGGUACGAAGAGCUCAAGGAGAGCCCUGGCCCCGUGCUCAGGCGCCUGGCCGACUUCCUCGGCUGCCCCUUCACCCACGACGAGGAGGCCGCGGGCCUCGUGGACAGCAUUCUCGAAAUGUGCAGCUUCGACAGCCUGAGCGGGCUCCAGGUUAAUAAGACCGGGAAGCUGUCGUCCGGGGAGGAGAACAGGACGUUUUUCCGGCGUGGUGUGGUCGGGGAUUGGGAAAAUUAUUUGGGGCCCGAAAUGGCCCACACCAUUGAUCGCAUCACCCAGGAAAAGUUCCGUGGCUCGGGUUUGCUCAUGUAG